GGGGGAGGGGACGCCUGGGCCCUUUGUUCUGACUCUCCUGAUGGCAGGGCGCCCCUGUCCCCCAGUCUGUGGUUCUGUAGGUCUUUCCUGGUCUUGGCUUGAGUUUGUGCCCUGAGUCUCUGUCCCCUGCCCUCUGGGUCUCUGUCCCCCCGACACUGGGUCUCUGUUCCCUGUCUCUGGGACUCUGUCCUCUCUCUCUAAGUCUCUGUCCCCCUCUCUCUGGAUCUCCCCUCAGCCUUACUAGGGCCUGUGCCCCUCCUUCUUUUCUAGCAGCUGCUGCUCACAUCCUGGCACCUGUUCUCGGGGUGGGACUGAGAAGAUCUCACCCACGUCCCCCUUCCCUGCAAAUAGGCUCUGACUCCUGUCUUCUUUAAACCAGUAAUCCACACCCAAAUUUUCAGCCCUCCUGGACCCUAGUCAUUACUCUGGGGUCUUCAAGACUUCAUCACAAUCCAGGCUCCCCUGAGAACACAGGAGAACGCUCUCACCCUAAGCUUCCCCAGAAAUCCAGCCCCUUUCUCCCCCAGGACCCAGGAGUCCAGGCCCCCAGUCUCCUGCUUCCCUCAGAUCCAGGAGUUCGGCCUCCAGCCCCCUCCUUUCUCAGACCCAGGGGUCCAGAUCCCCAAACCUCUUCUCCCUCAGAUCCAAGGGUCUGGGUGCCCCCAGCCUCCUCUCUCAGACCCAGCAGUCUGGACUUCUAGCCCACCCUGCUCUGAGGUCCCUCUGGGUGGGUCAAGGGAAUGUUGCUGAACUCUGUGUUCCUCCAGGCCCAGAUGGGGGAACCCCGGGCUGGGGCCCCCCUGGACGAUGGCAGCGGCUGGACAGGAAGUGAGGAAGGAAGCGAGGAGGGCACUGGCGGCAGUGAGGGGGCGGGGGGAGACGGGGGCCCAGACGCAGAGGGUGUCUGGAGUCCAGACAUCGAGCAGAGCUUCCAGGAGGCCCUGGCCAUCUACCCACCCUGUGGCCGGCGGAAAAUCAUCCUGUCCGAUGAAGGCAAGAUGUAUGGUCGGAAUGAACUGAUUGCCCGCUACAUCAAGCUGAGAACAGGGAAGACUCGAACUCGCAAACAGGUCUCUAGUCAUAUCCAGGUUUUGGCCCGAAGGAAAUCGAGGGAAAUCCAGUCCAAGCUCAAGGCCCUGAAUGUGGACCAGGUUUCCAAGGACAAGGCUUUCCAGACAAUGGCCACCAUGUCCUCAGCCCAGCUCAUCUCAGCACCUUCCCUGCAGGCCAAACUUGGUCCCACCGGUCCUCAGACCCCAGAGCUUUUCCAGUUUUGGUCGGGGGGUUCUGGGCCCCCCUGGAAUGUUCCAGAUGUGAAGCCAUUCUCGCAGACACCGUUCUCCUUGUCACUGACUCCUCCAUCUACUGACCUCCCAGGGUACGAGCCCCCCCAAGCCCUCUCACCUCCUGCUUUGCCCCCACCUGCCCCAUCACCCCCAGCCUGGCAGGCUCGGGCUCUGGGCACUGCUCGGUUGCAGCUGGUAGAGUUCUCAGCCUUUGUGGAACCUCCGGAUGCAGCUGACUCUUACCAGAGGCACCUGUUUGUACAUAUCAGCCAGCACUGCCCCAGCCCCGGAGCGCCCCCCCUCGAGAGUGUGGACGUCCGGCAGAUCUAUGACAAAUUCCCUGAGAAAAAGGGUGGUCUGCGGGAGCUGUAUGAUCGUGGGCCCCCCCACGCCUUCUUCCUGGUCAAGUUCUGGGCGGACCUGAAUUGGGGCCCGAGUGGCGAGGAGGUGGGGGCCGGCGGUAGCAGUGGUGGCUUCUAUGGAGUGAGCAGCCAGUACGAGAGCCUGGAGCACAUGACCCUCACCUGUUCCUCCAAGGUCUGCUCCUUUGGCAAGCAGGUGGUGGAGAAGGUGGAGACGGAGCGUGCCCAGCUGGAGGACGGGAGGUUCGUGUACCGCCUACUGCGCUCACCCAUGUGUGAGUACCUGGUGAAUUUUCUGCACAAGCUGCGGCAGCUGCCUGAGCGCUAUAUGAUGAACAGUGUCCUGGAGAACUUCACCAUCCUCCAGGUGGUGACAAACAGAGACACCCAGGAACUGCUGCUCUGCACCGCCUAUGUCUUCGAGGUCUCCACCAGUGAGCGGGGGGCCCAGCACCACAUUUACCGCCUGGUCAGGGACUGAAGGGGGACCCCAGAAGUGGCUCACCCCCGGAAUACCCUCCUCCCAGGAAGGACCUCCAGCGUUCCUCACGUUUCUUACUUGGUGGGGGGGUGGGGGGGGGUGGGCUGCUCCCUCUUAGGACCUUAAAAGCUGAGUGGUGAGUUGAAUGGGCUGGGACUGAGGGGAAAGGAUGGAUCCUGAUAUUGGGACCUCACAGGGGUGUCUGAAAGGACAGAUCACUCCAGAGCAUUUGACACUGGGGACAGGAGUGAGACAACCGGUGGGACAGCACUCGUUUCUGUCUCUGACAGGCAUCCUCCCCCUUCUCUGUUGUGGAGGUCUUGGAGGGCCCCAGUUACACAUUGGCUUGUCCCUCUCUGUUUUUCAGCACCCCCCUUCUUCCCAAUCUGCCUCUCCUUACCAGCCCCAUCCCAGGACCCUGAUAUUGAAUUUUGAAGGUUAACCCUUUCUGUGCAGGAGUAGAGCGAGGUGGGCCCUGGAAAUUUUUUUUUUUUUUAAUAUAACAAGAGAUAUUUAUAAGUGGGUAUUAGGGUCGUGACUUUUUCUCAGCUGGGCAAGCAGUGGGGUGAGGCUUUUAAGUCUCAUGUCCUCUUCUAAAUGAGCCGUGGGGCUAGACUGUGUUGCCUCCUUCUCCUCCCCUCCCCCCAAAGUGUGUUGGUUUGUGUUUUGACAGAGGAUAAAGCUAUUUUACCAAAACGCAGGGGAUU